CCUUAUUAACAACGGAUGAUUUUUUGUAUAAAAUUCUGAGUUUUAAAAUGAUUAAAAAACUCGUUCAAGUUCUAAUAUUUGCCGGCUAUUGGUUAUGUUCAGUACCAUGUCUAUUGGCUGAUCAAUCGUAUUGUCGAACAUUGUUAUAUGAAGCAUGAGGUCAAGAAAAGAGUACGAAAAAUAACUAUAAAACGUCAACUGGAACGUUUAGAACGUGGUGAGAUUGAUAUACAUGAUGCUCAAAAUCUUAAAACUUUCACUAGAGCCGAUAAACCUAAAUCAAAAAGAUGUAAAACGCCAUCGGGUAGAAAAACAAAACCUACUGAACUGAAAGUAUUGAAUGCAAAUAAAAAAUCAACGGCAAAAAGUUCAGUUAGAAUUAAUGAAAGUGCAAAAGAUGCAAAAGUAAAGGCGAAAGCACCUUUGGAACCUUCAGUCAGCACAGAACUACCGCCUAUUACAAAUGUUCAACCAGUUUCAGAUUUACCACCUUAUACAGAUGAUAUGAUUUUAUUGGAAAGAGAGAGUGAAUAACAGAGGGAAUAUUUAGUUAAAAGAAGUAUUUUUAUAUUUUUUUGUUUUUUUUUUUUUAAUUUUUUUGUAUAAUUUUUUAUAAAUAAAUCUU